AUGAUAUCACCUUCAUUUCAUCUCCUUAUAAAACACUGUUGUCAUAAUCAAUGGCGUUCAUUAUUAUUUCGUACAAUUAUCGUAAUUAAUCAACGACAAUUAUCAACAAUAGAGAAUGAGAAAAGAGAUUCUCAAAAACAAGAAAAAGAAAUUUUUGUACAAUCUCAAAAUUAUCAAAUUCAAAUAAAUACAUUUACACAAAAAGCACAAAAAAUUGUUAAAGAUACUAUUUAUUCACUUGUUAUCAUAACUGGUGUAGUUACAUUAGGUGGAGUAUGUUAUCUAAUGCUACAUGAACUCUAUUCAAGAGAAACACCUCAUGGUAUUUAUAAAGAAGCAUCAAAGAUUUGCUUAGAAAACACUGAUGUACAAGAAGCAUUAGGUAUACCAAUUAUAGUACAUACAACACCUCAAAUUAGCUCCAUGCGAGUCAAUAACGUUCGUGCAAAAACAUUUGCUGAAAAAGGACAUCGAAGCAUGACAGUUUCGUUUUAUUUGACUGGUAAAGAACGAUCCGGUGUUGCUGCUGUUAAAGUUGAAAAGAAUAUUUCAAAUAAAUUUGUCUAUGAUUAUAUUCUUGUUCAACUUGAUCAACCAUGGCAUCAUCAAAAUAUAAUUCAAGUUUACCCAAAUCUCAAUCCAUCAUCCUCUACAACAAAUAUUUCAUCCUAA